CAGACCUGUAGCUGCCAGCCUACGCCACAGCCACAGCAACGCCAGAUCCUUAACCCACUGAGCGAGUCCAGGAUCGAACCCGAGGCCUCAUGGAUGGAUGCUGGUCGGGUUUGUUAACCACCGAGUCGUGCCAGGAGUGCCUCUUCCCUGUUGGCUGUAGUUUGACGCUACAGCUUUCUUUUCAUGGGUCGGUCCCACAGGUUAUGUAUUCUGUCUUCCAUCUUUUUGCCUUUUAGCUUUUCUGUUAUUUCCUUAUAUGUAUUUUAUCUUUUACUUAUUUUGUGAGUGUUUCGUCUUUUCUUGUCGGUUGUGGUUUGCAUUUCCAAGAGCAGUUGUUCCUUCUUCCUUUCCGAUUGUCCCUUUUUUGUGGCAUCUGCUUCUUGCCUGUGGACACAGAGCUUUUCGUGUCUUUCUGCGGGUGUUGCUUAGAACGCCUUUCUUUGCGCUUUUCCCUGGGCCUCCGCAUUGUCUGCUGGUUCCUGUUUCGUUUGGGCAGGUGUUUCUCUCUCCCGUAGAUGGGAGCGCGUUUCGGUGGGGUGAGAGGAUGCUGUCGCCCACGUAGUCGUUAAGGGCAGAGCCAAAGACAUUCCAGAGCUAAGGAAAUGCCCUCCCUCCCCUCCCUGGGGGCAGGUGCCCGGCUGUGGCUGCUGCUUCCCAGAAGCGGGCAGAACCCUCAGAGGUAGACAUUUACUCCCAUACCCUGUGAUCAGCAUUGCCGUUAAAAAUGAGUCUGUUGAGGCAUUUUUGGUUUUUGUUUGUUUCAGCCUUGGCCGUGGCAUUCCAAAGCUCCCUGGCCAGGGAGAAAACCCUCACCACAGCAGCAAGAAUGCUGGAUCCUGAACCCGCGGUGCCACCAGGGGACUCCAAGUGAAUUUUCACAAUGUGUAUGAUUUUCUCUAGAUUCUUCUUUAGAAAGAAAGACAUGAAGGCGCCUGGGGAGGGCGCUCCCGGCCUCGCUCAGCUCCUGCAGCUCCUGGUGCUGUCAUGGCAGCAUCACCCAGCCCCAGCCUCUGUCUUCCAGCACCUUCUCCCCAUGUAUGUCCUCUCUCUGCCUCAUGAGGACACUUGUCCCUGGAGGCAGGGCUCAUACGGAUAAUCCAGGAUGACCUCAUCUUGACAGUCUUCAUCUCAGCUGCCAAGACCCUUUUUCCUGAUAAGUUCACGUCCAUGGGUCCCAAGGGCAAGACUACGACCUAUCUUUUGGGGGACUGCCAUUCAGCCCACAGCACAACCUGGUCCCCAAAGUAAAUUCAGGUGACUCCCAGUCCCAUUGCCUCUCCCUCUCCAAGGGCAAGAGACCACUUCACAGGCUCCAGCACUUGCAGCUCGCACUCAGGCUCCAAUGCAGAGCUGGCUCCAGUGACUCCGUGGCCCCAGCCAGGUCCCUGUCCUGCUUCCACUUCUGGUGGGAACAUGAGUCUGCGCGCUCCUGCUAAAACAAUCGCCCCUCUCUGCCUCUGGGCCAGCUGGUCCAGGGCUCGCCCCCAGGAGAGCUAUUUUCCAGAGAAACUGUUUGCAUCUGUUUUAAGCUUGUGUCCUUGGGAACCUCCAGCCUGGACUCCAAGCGCCUUUUAUUAAGGUGGCAGGAAGGACCUGACUCCCAGGCGGGGUCGAAUGAGGGAACCACUGCCGGGAGCUUGGAGGGGCGUGGGGGCGGCAGGGGCUCGAGGCAGACGGCACCUCCCGCUCCGUGUCCAUCUCAGGAUGCGCUGCCCCGGCAGGAAAAGCCUGCCUUUCCUUCUUAUUUUUGUGCCUGUAUCUCUCCAUGGGGCUUUGUCCCAAGAAGCCGGCCCGGCGGGGCAAAGAAAACCGUUUUUUGAGCGCCUCUGGAAACUAGAAGAGCAGUUUCGGAGGUCCCAAGAGGCGACCCUGGCACACCUGCGGCUCGUUGCCAGCAACCACAGCCCGUCUCUUGACAUUGAGGCCCGGUUCCAGAACCUGGCCCAGGAGAACCAGGCUGUGGCUCUGGCGCUCAGCUGAUCGCAGGCCGUCGUGCAGGGCGAUCUGGGUCACCUCAAGACCUGGAUGUGGAAAACGCAGCGCAAAAGCCGGAAGCUGGACCACAGGCUGCUGGCCUUGGACGCCACCCUGGGCGAGGGGAACGCGCGGCGGGAGUGGGAGCAGGAGGCCCAGAGGGGUGCCCUCGCCCCUGGCCCUGGCCUGGCCCUGCGGGAUGCGCUGGCUCGCCUGAUGCCCCUCGUCCAGAGCCAGGGGGCCAGGCUGGCCGCCCUCGAGGGGCAGCUGCAGGUGGCUGCCCCAGGGGUGACCGUGGCCCAGCCAAGGCCCUCAAGCCCAAGCUCCCCUCAGCUGCAGGGGGGCGGGCAGGCGCUCGGAGCUCCCCCUGCACCCGGGGACGCCCAUCUGGAGUCCACUCGCCGUCUCCAGGGGACACUGGAGCCCCCGGGCCCAGGCAGCCCCCGGGUGUGGCCCCCCGAGAGCCCAGGAGAGAUUUGCAGCCCGGGCCCCGCGCUCCUCUUCCCGAACGCCUCCACUGCAAACGCCGUCUUCCUCCAUCCCGGCUUCCUCACGGGCCUGCGGGCCCUGUCCGUCUGCAGCUGGGUCCGCAUGGCCUCCGGCCACCUGGGCACCCUCCUCUCCUAUGCAACCAAAGAAAAUGACAACAAGCUGGUUCUGCACGGCCGCGACUCCCUGGUCCCCGGCUCCAUGCACUUUGUGAUCGGAGAUCCAGACUUCAGGGAGCUGCCCCUCCAGCCGCUGCUAGACAGCCGGUGGCACCACGUGUGUGUCAUCUGUACGUCCGCCCUGGGCACGUACUGGGUCCAUGUGGACCGCAGGCUAGUGGCCACCGGCUCCCGCUUCAGGGAGGGCUACGAGAUCCCCCCAGGAGGUCUCGUGCUGGGCCAGGAGCAAGAUAGCGUGGGGGGUGGAUUUGACAGCUCUGAGGCCUUUGUGGGGAGCAUGGCAGGCCUGGCCAUAUGGGACCGGGUGCUGGUCCCUGGGGAGGUCUCCAACCUUGCCACUGGAAAGGAGCUCCUGAUGGGCACCAUCCUGACGCUGGCCAAUGCUGCACUGGUAGGCGGAUUCGUGCAGAGGUUGAACUGCACCUGCCUACCGCUCUGUCCAGAAGGCCUCACCCCCAGCUGCUGUGCUCCCACUGUGGGCACAGCUCUGCAGAGGGUGCCCACCCAGACCGAGGGACAGGCUGCUGCCUCUGAUCUGGGCUGGGCAUGGCUGCCCUCUAACAUGGGACGUGGGCAUUCCACAGGGCCGGGCGAGGGCCCAUAGGCAGAGCAGGGCCCCAGGCACCCCAGGGCCACAUCCCUUCCCACCGAGCAGCAUCCUUACUCCCUGCUUUGUGCUGGGAGGGCAUCUCAACAUGGCCCGCCCCACCCUGUGGCAGUGCUGGGCUCCAGCUCAGCCUCUCCCCUGGGCACGGGUUUGGGACAAUAGCAGUGCAGCUCCUGGAGAACUCCUGUCUUCCUGGCGUGAACUGCUGUGGCGCUUUCUCCGCAUGCUGGGGAGAGUUUCCCUCUGGGGAUCCUUGUCCCAACAUCUCUCGUGAGAAGGGCUGGGGGUUCCUUUCCUGGCGGCAGUUCCUUUGCCCUGGGGGCUCCAGCAAGGGAGCUGCAAAGGGAGCCAGCUGCUCAGAAACACAGGCGAAGGACACGUGGGCCAUGCUCAGAAAGCCGCUGUAUUGGGAUGUCAUUUGCACACCCUGAAAUUCAGCCAUUUGAAGCAUACAGUUCAAAGGCUUCCAGUAAAUUUGCCGAGUGUGGAACCCUCA